CCCGCCUAGCAGGGAGGGGCCCGGCCCUGCCCAGCGCGGCGGCGGUGCGGAGCCGGGGAGCGCCGCUCCGCGAGGAGAAGGAGGCUGGAGCGACCGCCGCCACCCGUGAGGCCCGCCCGCAGGUGGGAGCCGCGGGCGCCUCCUGGGGAUGAGGCUGCGUAGAUUCUCAGCUUCAGUGUCUGGAAAACUUGUAUCUUGAGUCCCUGUUGAAGUAAAGACAGUCAUCCAGAGAAAAAUACUUCAAGCUGCAUAUGGAUCGAAGAUGUCCCUUGAACAGUAAAUAAUUUUGUUUAAACCAGUUCUACAUGUAUGAAAAUGAAAAAUACUUCCGUCGUUCAUACAGCUGUAGUUGCGUGCCCACGCUGGAGAUUCUUAGGAGAAACUGAGAGAUAGCAUAAAUCUUCAUAGACAACUUGGCUGCAAGCAGUUAACCGAAAUUAACUCCUGCCUUCUGGCUGCAGAGCGCUAGUCUGACGUUCCUGUGUGAUACUCCACAGACUAAAUCAUGCCAGCAUUAUCAACUGGAUCUGGAAGUGACACAGGUCUGUACGAGCUGCUGGCUGCAUUGCCAGCCCAGCUGCAGCCACAUGUGGACAGCCAGGAAGACCUGACCUUCCUCUGGGAUAUGUUUGGUGAAAAAAGCCUUCAUUCACUGGUGAAGAUUCAUGAAAAACUGCAUUAUUACGAGAAACAGAACCCAGUGCCCGUACUCCACGGUGCAGCAGCCUUGGCAGAUGAUCUGGCUGAGGAACUGCAGAGCAAGCCACUGAGCAGUGAGAUCAGAGAACUGUUGAAACUCCUCUCAAAACCCAAUCUCAAGGAGAACGUCCUGUGGCUAAAGCUCCCUGGAGAACAGCUCUGCCAGGCUUUGCUCUCUGUACAUGAUACUGUUGCUCAGAAGAACUACGAUCCUGUCUUGCCCCCCAUGCCUGAUGAUAUUGAUGAGGAAGAAGAUUCAGUGAAAAUAAUCAGGCUCGUCAAAAACAGGGAACCAUUAGGGGCUACUAUUAAAAGGGAUGAACAUACUGGUGCAAUUGUGGUGGCCAGAAUAAUGCGUGGAGGAGCUGCAGAUAGAAGUGGUCUUAUUCAUGUUGGUGAUGAACUGAGGGAAGUCAAUGGGAUUCCCGUAGAUGGUAAAAAACCUGAAGAAAUAAUACAGAUUUUGGCCCAGUCUCAAGGAGCAAUUACAUUUAAAAUUAUACCUAGUGUGAAGGAAGAAAUGCCAGUGAAGGAAGGCAAGAUGUUUAUCAGAGCCUUGUUUGACUAUGAUCCUAAUGAGGAUAAAGCAAUUCCUUGUAAAGAAGCUGGACUUGCUUUCAGAAGAGGAGAUAUCCUUCAGAUCAUGAGCCAGGAUGAUGCAACCUGGUGGCAGGCCAAACACGAAGGUGAUGCCAAUCCCAGAGCAGGCUUGAUCCCUUCAAAGCAUUUCCAGGAGAGGAGAUUUGCACUAAGAAGACCAGAAGUGCAGAUUCAACCACUGAAAAUUUCCAACAGAAAAUCAUAUGCUGAAUCUGCUGGUCACAACAGUGGAUCCUAUCUAGCUGGUUUUAGAAGAAGCUUUCGUCUUAGCAGAAAAGAUAAAAAAACAAACAAAUCUAUGUAUGAAUGCAAGAAGAGUGAUCAGUAUGACACAGCAGAUAUCCCAACAUAUGAAGAAGUUGCAAAAUAUAGACGACAACCUAAUGACAAAUACAGGCUUGUAGUUUUGGUUGGUCCUGUAGGGGUUGGACUGAAUGAACUUAAACGGAAAUUGCUGAUCAGUGACACCCAGCAUUACGGGGUAACAGUGCCACACACUACCCGUCCAAGGAGAAGCCAAGAAAGUGACGGUGUCGAAUACAUUUUCAUUUCCAAGCACUUGUUUGAGACAGACGUACAGAAUAACAAGUUUAUUGAGUAUGGCGAGUAUAAGAACAACUACUAUGGUACAAGUUUAGACUCUGUUCGAUCCGUUCUAGCUAAAAACAAAGUUUGUUUGUUGGAUGUGCAGCCUCAUACAGUGAAACACUUAAGGACAUAUGAAUUUAAACCAUUUGUUAUAUUUAUAAAGCCUCCGUCACUUGAACGUUUGAGAGAGACCAGAAAAAAUGCCAAGAUUAUUUCAAGUAAAGAUGAUAAGGGGACUGCAAAACCUUUUACAGAAGAAGAUUUUCAAGAAAUGAUUAAAUCUGCCCACUUGAUGGAGAGCCAGUAUGGCCACCUUUUCGAUAAGGUGAUAGUCAACGAUGACCUCACUACCGCUUACACUGAGCUUAAAACAACUUUUGAUAGGUUGGAGACCGAGACCUUCUGGGUUCCCAUCAGCUGGCUACAUUCAUAAUGUUUUAAAUAAACAAAACAUCUGCUGUUGUCUCAGCAUGUAAAUAUGGGGCAAGGUUAGGCAUUACUUGAUGGCCAUUUUCUUGGUAGGAGGGCUUUCUAACUCUGCCCGAGCAGCGGGUACACUCUUCAUGCACUUGGGACUGGACUCUUUUUGCUGUGUCUUCAAUCCUCCUGCCCACAAUUUUGGGGCAGAACAGUCAGAUGAAACCACAUUCUUACUCUGCUCUAUAAAGUGAGCUCAUACUUGUGUCACAAAACUACCAAACGUCUCUAACAUCAUCUGUGUAUUUCCAAGGUAAGUUUUUUUUAAUGGAGGAUUUGUAGAAGAUACUAAUUAAUACAGGCAGUCAGCACUCUGGUCAUUUUAAGCAUAACUGCUCCCAUAACGAGCACAUCAGCACUUGGAAGUUAUUACACUGAAGUGAUUGAGAGAACUGAAACAGGCAACAGUGACCAACAUUUUUAUGAGGAAAACAUCAUAGUUUUAAUUACAUAUCAAGAUAAGUGUUUUUACUUUUCUAGAUGUGAACCUUGUCUUACGUGUACAGCGUGAUUUUAGUAUUCCUUUGCACUUACAUAGUCAUGGAAAGAAAGAUGUAUUCGGUGGCUUAAUUGUGAAAUAGUCUGCUGUGAGCAUGUGUAGAUUGAAAAUAUUUUCACGCAUGCUUUGUGGCACAACAAAGAAAAUUCACAGGAAUAUUUAUUUAAUAGGGAAAAAUGGGAGUUACUUUGUAUAUAACUUCAAAGUCUUAGGGAUUAAUCUUCUGUAAAAUCAGUGACAUGAAUAGCAAUAAAGUAGAAAGUAAUUUUUUUUUCCUUUAAAUUGAAUUCAAACAGUUUUGGCUUCCUUUACAACAUUUUUCCCAUCAAAAUUUUGCAAACAAUUAGCAAUGAAACUUCAGAGAUCUGGGAAGCAGUUACAAGAGAUUAAUUUUUUUUAUUGUGUAGUGAUACUUCGUAGUAGCGUAACAUAUUUUGUCUCCUGCUGUAGACUUCACUGUAAAAAGUACCUUUGUCACUGGUCAGACUCAGUUGGAAACAUAAUUUUAAAAUUUUAUGUGGCAGUGUAAGCAAAUGUAUAUUAGAUGAUGUAUUUUUAAUAUAGAUAAUUUGGUAUUUUUCUUUAUUUACUACUGAUAUGCAGGAAAUGAGUAUAUGUGUAAAGACCAAGUAACACCUGUGUGUUGUGUUGUGAAUAUGUCUUGUAAGUACAGAAUGUGUAUAGGAACUUGCUAACUUCAGAUCAUCACCUCUGUGACAUUCAAACAGGAAACCAUUAUUUCAUGUUAAUCUGUAAAGAGAAUAUAGCUGUCUUGUUUAAAGAAAAAAGAAUUUAGUGAAACUUUAUAUAUUUAUGAAAGGGUUGAAAAGGGAUGUUAAGUUUUUAAAUUUCUUGUCAAUGUGAUCAUUUACUAAGGAGAUUACUAAGUCUGUAAUUUGAAACACUGUCUCUGUAAAUGGAGCUCAACAUUCCAUGUAAAUAUUUUAUUUCAGUUUGUACACUGAUAAAGCCAUCAGAUUUUGCAGUUUUAUUCUAAAUGUAUAUUUAAUGUGUGGGUCAUUGCAUUUGGUUUAGAGUCGUAUAAAAUAAAUGAAAUGCAAGCAACAAGAGCAAAAUCCCUAGGAGUCUGGAAAUGUUUAUGGAAGAGUUACAGAUGUACUGAAUCCCAGUAGGGAUACACGCUCUGCUUGAACAGCUAUAAUGUAACUUUUGUCAAAUUUCACUGUUUUCCUGGUGGAUUUAAACUUUUUGUAACAGAAAUAGAAAUUUGUCAAUUGAAUUAAUUGCAUGGAGAUUACAUGAUUUGAGAAUUUUUUUUGUAUUUUUUUUUUUAAUUAGUGAAAAUCAAACUAUUUUUCAGGGGAUCUGGAACUUAGCAGGUCUGUCUGCCUUUGCCUACAAGAUGCUGAGUGCCCUCACUAUCUCUUGCAACUAGCCCAGACUGAGAGGGCACUCAGCAUCUCUCAGGAUCUGGCCAUUUCCAGCAAGAGGGGCUUUAAUCCUGGGGAAAAACUCGUAACACAGCUUCUAACCUGGGCUGUCUGAGAACAUUAGUGUACAAUAACGCUCACAUAAGGGACCUGCUUUUCUCUUUAGGAAUGCUAGAAUAAUCUGCAAACUCCCCGUUAGAAACAGUUCUGGCUGUCCUGCAGGCUGUUUUUCUUCUUCUUUUGAAAUUAAUUUAAUUCCCAUUCCUGGGUCGGUGUGGUCUAGGAGAACCUUCUACAACAGGUUUUCUGUACUGGUCAGCAUUAAGCAGCACCGUGCUUUGCUGCAUUUACAAAGACACUGACCCUCUGAUCCUCAGCACAGUCCUGGCAGGAGUUUCUUAUACGGAUGGCUGCCUGCCCCAUCUCCAAGCCAGGAACUAAUUCACCUGCAAAAGAAAGGGAAUCACAAAAGCAUAAAUCCAGCCAACAGAGUAAAAUGUGCAGUGUCCUUUCAGGGCUGAGAGAGAGUUUCAAUUAAAAUUAGUAGAUUGCUCUUGAAAAUCAACAUUAUUGCAGUGUUAGCUACAAAAAAAAAAAAAAAAAAAGAAUCAAAGCUCCUGGUACAUGGAGAGGCAGGAUUGUAGGUCAAGGUAGAAAAAAAACACCCAACAGUUUCAACAGGAUAGGAGCGUGCUUAUUGUGAUGGAUGCUAAGCCCAUGUGCUGAAUUGUUCUGGGACGCCAAGGGGCGCCAGGGAGGGAGGAAUGUGGUGGGAGUAGGGAUUGUUCCUUUGACUCCUAAGAAUUUGGGAAUGAAGACGACUAAAACAUGUUUCCAAUAUUCCACAUAUUCAGGUUGUGCUGUGUGGGUUUUUAGAGGAGUGUGUUUUGACAGUCAAGUCCAGAUGUUUUUAUUGUGUUUUAACUGUUUGCCAUAGUCAAACAAAUAGUAGCAUUUUAAAAUAUUAUACCAAGCUCUAUACUUGAAUUUACCAUCAGGUCCUUGGUUGAUGUCUGGUCUUACUUUCUUAUGCAAAACAAUAAAUUAUUUAUACAUCGCUGAAGGUGUUUUUUUUUCUUUAUGAUAUAUCGCUCCGUAACAUAUAGAUUUAAUGGCUUUAAAAGGUAAAAUACCUAAGUAGUAAGUUAUUUCAUAGAUCUGUUAAGUGUAAUGCUCCAAUUACCUUUAAAUAGAAAAAGAUAACAACCUAGAACAAGGACUAAAAUUCUUAAUUUUUUUAUUGCCAAACGCUUCUUUGAAAUAGAUGUUUACCCUUUCCUGCAGCCCACCCCAAAAUAAAAAGUUUUGUUUCUUGGAAGAAAAGCUCAAGUCAGUGGUUCAAACUGAGACGUCAGCUCACCUGGGCUUGUGAAGUAUUUGGAGCAUUAUCUGAGUUAUCAGCUUGGGAGUGUUUCGUCAGCCACAUGUGCUCCUAGGCCACUCAGAAGUCCCGCAGGAAGUUGUGUUCAUUCAUAGAACUCAAAGAAGGUAACAUUUAAGUUACUUUUUGCAUUGUGUUAUGUCUUUUCCAGAAGAAAAGCCUAACACCUACUAGGAUUAGAGAGCAGACUUUUAAGCUCCUUCUGUUUUGUUUCAGUGCAGUAUUCUGCAUUUCCCACAUGUACUUAGGUUCAGGUUUCUAUUGUGCAUGGAGAAUUUUUUCCUCAAUAGCUCGUAUUUAAUUUUUUUAAGAUUGUUUGAAAGGAUGAAUCGUUUCUUCAGAGAUUUACAGUUAAGGUUAUAAUCUGAGUCUGGUUUUGCUACUGCCGUUUCUACAGUCAUUUCCUCACAGGAUUAAGAGUUUUCUGUGUAGCAAUGCUUAAAAUCAUUUGUACUUGCAAUUUGCCCAAGAUCCUUUUGUUCUCAAAAUCAUUAAGUAUUUAUCAUAUAUUACCAUGAUUAAUGUAUGAUACCAGGCUUUCAACACAAAGGAACACAGUGGGUGUAUUUGUUGUUUAAGAAUUCUGGUGCUAGAUAAUGGUUAAAGGUUUCAGCAGAAACAUACACAAAAGCAUUUGGAAACAGUUAAAAUCUGGUCUUAAAUUUUGUCUUAUGUUAAAUGACAGUACAAAUGAGAGAAAUUGGAGUUCUAGACAGCUGGAGACUUUUUCCCUCGUGGUAUCUGUGUCUGAAAUACAAGUUGGAUAUUUGGAAGACUGUAUGGAACGAUUUCACAUCUCUAUAAUAAAAUACUAUGAUAUUUUGUGUAGCUGACAUCCAACAUUUUAACAAAGAGGUUAAAUCCUUGUGAUCAUUGAGACUUUGUUUUGCCUCUAUUUUAGUUGUACACAUAUGUCUGUUUAAAUAAAUUAUUAAAGACUUAGCUGGCAGCUGUGUACCACUACGCAUUUCAGCAUGUGAAUAGAGAAAAAUAUCUUCAGGAUGCCCCUUCCCUGGCGGUGUUCAGAGCCUGGUCUGGUGGGAGGUGUUCCUGCCCAUGGCAGGGGCGUUGGAACUGGAUGAUCUUUAAGGUCCCUUCCAACCUAAACCAUUCCGUGAUUCUGUGAUUUUCAGAAGAGCUCAAAUGGCACAAACUUCUUGAUAACAAACAGAGUAAAUUAGUUCACAACUUAUGUUGUAACUAGGUCUAUUUCUUUUCAGUGUUUGUAUUAAUAUUCAUGACUUGAAUAUGUUAAGAAAAACCAACAGAAGGCAUGCUAUAAUUUCCCUGAAGUGAAAUUUAGAUGUUUGGUUUAACAAAUAUGUGUUACAAGCUUUCUAUAGGAUUAUACACAGGCUUAUGGAAACAUAAAGGGAUUCGGUGUGUGUUUGAAUGGCAGAAAGCGACUGAGAACAUUACGGACGUGAGUGCUACCCUGGAAAUGCAUCUUUGUUUUUGUAAGUCACCGAACAAGAAGAUUAGCAAGUUGGCUGUGUAUGUUCCGUGGUUUCUGUUCAUCCUUGGUAAAUAUAAAUAAGCGCCAGUAAAUCUUUAUCGUUAAGCAAAGCCAAAAUUGUUGGAAUUGUGAAAAAGUAGUGCCCAGGAGGUGCACACUGGUUCCUGGUGAUGUUGGCAAAGCUGUUGCUUUACUUUACUUUUUGAUUUUAACUUAUAGAUCAAGAGUACGGAGAUCACAGCUUUAAUACAAACUUAAGCAACUGGAUUUAAUCGUUGGCAAUUUCAAUCUUUUUUUUUUCCUUUUGGCCCUCAUACAGCUUUAGUUUAGUAAUCUCAGUCAUACAAGGAGGGGGAAAAGGAUAAUUGACCCAUCUCAAAAAAUAGUGAGACACCAAAAAUCUGACACAAGGACAUCUUUCAGUUUAUUCUCAAUGGACCUUGUUUCUGAAACAAGGAGUGAAGAGCUGGUGUUUGAUCCCGAUGGAGAAGCACAUCAACAGUGUUUUGUCCCGUGAAAAGAGAAUAGCUCUGAGAGAUUCCUGUGGCCCAUAUGAUACACGAGAGCCACACAUAGUAAAAAAAAGGCCAGGAGCAAUGUUGAUUUUUAUGCUGCCAGUGUUGGUUUCAGGGCUUCUUGUUUAAGAAAACAGCAACUGGGGGCUGUUUGCUUGUUUUGUAUAUGACCUCUGGACACUUUGUGGUUUAUCUCCUGUUUUCUAGGUGUGCAUUAAGGGCUUAUUCUUAGGAAAUAAUGUUUCCCUGAAAUUGGGCUAGGCUUCAAGUGUGGGAGUACUCGCCGUGUUUCAUGAUCAAGGUACACAUUUUUGAUGUGAAAUAGCACAGGUGGAAGCAUGGGUUGAGACCACUCCAGAAUGCAUAUAGGCCCUCUCAUAUUUUACUCUCUCUGAAAGCUUUACAGACCCUCUAUGGGUUAUCUUUCCCCUCUAAACCUACAUUGAUGCAGCUUCUGGAGCCCUGCUCCCAAAUGCCGACUGGCUUGUGUUAGGCACCAUAUGAACAUGGAACAAAAACCUAGUCCCAGGUUCAAAGAAGCUCACUAAAAAAGUCAAAGAGAUGUCAGAGCAGUGCAAACCAGCAAGAAAGUGCAAAAAGAUCCAGUGAGCACAACUCUUUUUACCAACUGGCUCCAGAGGCUGUGCUGGCGUAAUGGGGCAUUAACGUCUGAGAUUCGGCAUCUCACAGGAGGAUUGGGUGGUUUGGGGACUUCCUGGCAGGGAUUGAGCCCGCAGUUGGUAGUGCCCAGGCACAGCUGAGGAGUAGCAAAAGUUUAGUGCCAGCAGCCACAAGACCAGCUUGUCUUCAGAAGAGAAUUUAGCUUUCUAUGUAUGAGCUGUGUGGUGCAUCUUUCGUUCAGAGCCAGAGCAACAGGUCUUGGCCCGGUUUACUGACUGAUGCAGACGAAGGCACGAUGUUUGAAGCCCCAUUUGCAGUCCUGGCUACUAUUAAUCAUAAGGCACAAAAGGAGCCUUUUUGUUUGAAUGGGGUGAUUUUCAUCAUUGCUGAAGACUGGCCUGAAAGCUUUGUUAUUAUUGGUGCUAUCUGGGUAGUACAAAAGGGCAGCCUCAGUUAUUAGCUUUGCUGGGCUAUUAUUCCAGAUGUUUUUUUCAUACACAGCUGUGAAGCAGGAAGUAGAACCAAACCCAAGGAUUGAUUUGAACCAUUGUUUUGUCGAAAACCAGAACUGAACCUGAAUUAUUGUCUUCCUUGGACUUUAUUGAAUUCAAAUCAUCAUUGGCCACAGCUGGAUCCAACCCCAGCUCAAACCAAACUGAAAAAAGCACAGGCUCUGACCAUGCUUUUGAAUAGGUGAGACUUUGAAAGCCAAGAGUCUGCAUUUUGUAAUGAGUGCAGCUGAUGUUACCUUUAUGCCAAUAGCAACUGUAUUUUAUUGUGCAUAUGUGCAUAUGUUUACAUAUUUAUCAAGUGCUGUAGUGUAUACCAAUUUAUUUUAAUGAAAAAAGCAGUCUUAUAAAAACACUGUUUAUUGCUUAGUUGGAAGACAGAUUAAAGGAAGAGUUCUACUGAUAUAAUACCAAAAUUUUAGCAGAGUUUUACUCAGGCAGGACUCUUCCACAUCUCAGGAAGCUUAGAAUUUUAUAUUUCAAAUAUAGUGGUUUGCCCCUACUUUGUGAAAGUCAGAAGAGCUUGAUUGAAUGCAGACUACAAACUUGUUCACUACAAACUUAGUUAAACAUGAAAUCUUGCUGGGAUUAGCUUAAUUGUUCCCUAAAUGAAAAGGCUGCAUUGUACAUAGACUAUAAUUUUAUGCUUGCCAGAUAAAGAAAUGUGAACCUGUCAGGAGACGCAGGAAUUUGUCUGUGUAGGAGUAUCACUGGGCCAACUGUCUUGCCUUUUAUGCGAUACUGUGGUGUAAAACACCGCUCCACUGGUUUCAUUUUACAGAAAAUAGUCUCGGUGGUGGUAUCCUGUGGGAACUGAAGUAUCAAGUUCUGUUUUCCCUUCAAAAGGCCAACUACGUAUGCACCCUGUUUCUGAAACUAUGCUCUCCAUGACUGCCAGCCAGCCGCAUGGGCUGGGGGGAUGCUGUGCCAUGGUAGGGGAGCUACAGGGAAGAUAUUCCAAGCAAAGCAGGAGGUGCCAGUCUUUGCCGUAGUGGAGACUGCCAUAGGUAACACCACAGUGGUUGAAAUGGUAGGUGCUGUUUGUGAUAAGAUUAUGUAGUAACUUAGUAAAAGUGGAAAAUAAUUUAUUAUCCUAUUUUUACUCUUCAGAAGUUUAUGUAACACUUCUGAUUAGCAGACACUAGUACUCUGACUGCAGAGUAAUUUUUCUGUUUUGACUAUUUUUCUUUUGGCUCCCCUACAGCCUGCUUGAAAGCAAAAGUCACCG